CCCCCAAAUUCUAUACUGUUUACGUACACAAGGGAAUCAGAAUCGAUACAUUAACCUAACCCGUCAAAUCUUUGUGGAUUAUAUCGAUCGGAGGUUGUCGAAAGUCACACUCGGUUUCGCGAAUCGGGUUCUGGAAACUUCACUCCUUUCUUUCGUUCUCUGCAAGCAAGGGGUUUAAUAGUAUUGGGGAGAAAUUGGGAAGAUUUCAGACGAAAAUGGCGCAAGCAGUAGAGGAAUGGUACAAACAGAUGCCGAUCAUCACCCGUUCCUACCUCACCGCCGCCAUCGUCACUACCAUCGGCUGUUCCUUAGAGAUUAUAUCUCCGUACAAUUUGUACUUGAAUCCCAAACUGGUCGUGAAGCAUUAUCAGUUCUGGCGCCUCAUUACCAACUUUCUUUACUUCCGGAAAAUGGACCUGGACUUUCUGUUUCACAUGUUUUUUCUUGCUCGGUACUGCAAGCUUCUUGAAGAGAACUCUUUUAGGGGAAGGACUGCAGAUUUCUUCUACAUGCUCUUGUUUGGAGCCACUGUGUUAACUGGAAUUGUUCUUAUUGGUGGGAUGAUACCUUAUGUCUCAGAGUCAUUUGCAAAGAUCAUAUUUCUUAGCAAUUCACUAACAUUUAUGAUGGUAUAUGUUUGGAGCAAACAAAAUCCCUUCAUCCACAUGAGCUUUUUGGGUCUCUUUACCUUCACGGCUGCUUAUCUUCCAUGGGUGCUUUUAGGGUUCUCCGUUCUUGUUGGUGCUAGUGCUUGGGUGGAUUUAUUGGGGAUGAUUGCAGGCCAUGCUUACUAUUUUCUUGAGGAUGUUUAUCCACGGAUGACUGGCCGUCGACCACUGAGGACACCCGGAUUUAUCAAAUCAUUGUUUGCAGAUGAGCCGGUAGUGAUGGCCCGACCAGCUAACGUCCGAUUUGCCGCUCCUCCCCUGGAAGAAGAUCAACAGAAUUGAUGGGGGGAUUGUAUUGAGUUGAAUGUACUAAUACUCAAAAUUCCCUCUGCUUAUGUACAUUUUACCGGGAUAUUUGGUAGAAAACUAUAGAUGAUCUCAUUGAUGAGAAGUUAGCCAGUUUGAGAUGGUAAAUGUAUUUUCUUUAUUGAAGCACAAUUGUCAGUAUCUGUAGCAAAUUUUUCUUGUUUAAAAAAACUAAAGCCUUCCUGGAUA